UCUCUCUCUUUGUGAGUGAAAAGUCUUAUUCUCCAAGUCCUACUAUAUUAAGACCUUGUAACUGUAAAACAGUAGUAUAUAUAUUCUUUCCAUAGAAAGAACACUAGCAUUUAUUACCAUAUCAAUUAAUUAACAUUUCACCUUCCUUCUUCUUCCUAUUAAACCCAAGAAAUUUCUGUAGUCAUAAUAAUAUAAUACAAUUCAUCCACAAAUCUCAAAAUGGAGCCUCCAAAAUCAGAUUCUGAAACUUCAGUUUCUGAUAAUGCCUCAUCCCAAAAACCCUUCACGGAGAGCCAAAAAAAAGCAAAAGAUCAAGAAGAAAAAAAACAGAAGCAGCGGCAAGAUCAAGAAGAUCAUCUUGUAUUGGAUCUAAGCCUUUGUAGCAAAGACUCAAAGCAAGAACUCAAUCUUAUUGAUUCUUUUGAAAUGGGUUCAUCUCAAAAAUCAUUCUUGGACAGUAGUAAUAAUAAUGAAAGCGACGAUCAACAGCAGCAACAGCAACAGCAACAGCAUAGAGUAUUUUCAUGCAACUAUUGUCAAAGAAAAUUUUAUAGCUCGCAAGCACUUGGCGGUCACCAAAAUGCACAUAAGAGAGAAAGGACGUUAGCGAAAAGAGGGCAAAGAUCAUUCAUUAAUAUCAGCAGUGCAAACUCAUAUCGCUACUCAAGCAUGGGUUCACUUCCUUUGCAUGGCUCCUUCAAUAGAUCACUCGGAAUUCAAGUUCAUUCUUUGAUUCAUAAACCAGCUUUUUAUGGGCAAAAUGGAUGGUCUAGACAACCUAUUGUUCAGCAACCGGCAGUUGCAAGUUUUAACAUCGGAAAUUCAGGUUUUGGAUCAGCUUCUAGUAAUGGAACGGCAAAAUUUGAAACUUCAAGAAAGUUUUCUCCGAUAAAGGAGGGAUUCGCCGGAUUCUGGUGGGAUAUUGCUGGUGGCGGCGGUGGUAGCCAUUUGAAGACUAAACAAGAUGAUUUGCAAAAGCUAGACUUAUCACUCAAGCUCUAAAUAAGUAUUUAAUUUCUUUCUUUUCUUUCUUUUCUUUUUUUUUUUUUUUCGUUUUUCAAGUUUAAUUUCUAUGUUCUGUCUUUCCUCCUCCUUCUUCUUCUUUGACUUUUGUUCUUUUUUCCUGGUUACCACAGAAUUUUUUCAUCUUUUUUUUUUAAAUUUUUUCUAUUAAUUAGCUUUGUAUAUCCUUUUUUUGGUUACAGAAUACUAUCAGAGAUUAAUUAAUGUGUU